AUGACCUCCCUGCAUCAGCUUCCAUGGCAUCACAACAUCCAGCAACAUGCGCUGCUCGAGUACGCGAGUCUUAAGCAAGCAUGUCCAGAAGGGAUCUAUUUGAGUCUGAAGCCCGGAGCUUCAACGCAGUGGUCUGGCGUACUCUUCGUUCGCAAAGGCCCUUAUGCGCCAGCAAUCCUACGCUUCCUGGUCUCCUUCCCCCCCGACUAUCCUACCCUACCCCCCGUUAUCACCUUCAUUAGCGACAUCUUCCAUCCUCUGGUCGCGCCAUUGACUACCUACACAUACACGACUGGAUCUUCGAGCUCAGAGACUGUCAGCGCCACUGAUGAAGAGCGACUUCCCCCGGGCGGCUUUAGCCUGAGGCAUGGAUUUCCACAUUGGUUUGGGAGGUCGCAGAAGAGCGCUAAGUUUUCAGCAACGAGCUCGAGAAACGUGAGCGAUGCGCACCCAGGCGCUGCAAACCAGCGUGAAGACGUGUAUAAGCCACCUCCGCCGGAAGAUUUGAGUUCUAGAGAGUCCUCUCCAAGAUCUGCAACAUUUCGCAUGAGCCAUGUUCGAACACGACCAAGACGUUCAAUCCAGCCUAGCCAGCAGACAAAGAUCACCGAGGUUUUGGAGUACAUGAAAAGCGCUUUUGACGAUGAGAUCGCGUUGGACACACUGCCAUUGGAGGCUGCCGGAAACUCGGGUGCUUGGAAAGCAUGGCGGGCGUACCGUAGGAGCAAUGAGGCAGACAGCAAACUUGUCGACUCGGCGCCGAGCUUGCACAAGCAAGAUGAAUGGAGCUGGGAUGGGGUCUGGGAAGAAAGAGUUCGAAAGGGCGUAGACGCAAGCAUUGCAGAGUCUACACUCUACGGGGGUACUAGCGGAGGAGAUGAUCUGAUCCGAUUCGUCGAUGUAGGCAAUGAUUUGACUGAAGCAGUCAGAGCAGGAGUGGUUAGUCAUGUGGGCGGCUCGUAG